GAACUGCACCUUCCGCAAGUUCGCGGCCCUGGAGGGCCGGCACACCAGUGCCCUGGCCUUCCGCCUGAACAACGCCUGGCAGAGCUGCCCCCACAACAACGUGUCCCACGUCACCUUCGAGGACGUCCCGAUCACCUCCAGAGUGUUCUUCGGGGAGCCCGGGCCCUGGUUCAACCAGCUGGACAUGGACGGCGACAAGACGUCAGUGUUCCACGACGUGGACGGCUCCGUGUCCGAGUACCCCGGCUCCUACCUCACCAAGGCCGACAACUGGCUGCUGCGGCACCCCGACUGCAUCGACGUCCCCGACUGGCGUGGGGCCAUCUGCAGCGGGAACUACGCACAGAUGUACAUCCAGGCCUACAGGACCAGCAACCUGCGCAUGAAGAUCGUCAAGAACGACUUCCCGGGGCGCCCCCUGCACCUGGAGGGCGCGCUGACCAGGAGCACCCACUACCAGCAGUACCAGCCGGUCGUCACGCUGCGCAAGGGCUACACCAUCCACUGGGACCGCAUGGCGCCGGCCGAGCUCGCCAUCUGGCUCAUCAACUUCAACAAGGGCGACUGGAUCCGCGUGGGGCUCUGCUACCCCCGGGGCACCACCUUCUCCAUCCUCUCGGACGUGCACAACCGCCUGCUGAAGCAGACGUCCAAGACCGGCACCUUCGUGCGGACCCUGCAGAUGGACAAGCUGGAGCAGAGCGUGCCCGGCCGCAGCCACUACUACUGGGACGAGGCCUCGGGGCUGCUGUUCCUGAAGCUGACGGCCCAGAACGAGAGGGAGAAGUUUGCCUUCUGCUCGGUGAAGGGCUGCGAGAGGAUCAAGAUCAAGGCUCUGAUCCCCCGGAACGCGGGCGUCAGCGACUGCACGGCCACCGCCUACCCCCGCUUCGCCGAGAGGGCCACGGUGGACGUGCCCAUGCCCCGGAAGCUGGUCGGGGCACAGCUGAAAACAAAGGACCACUUCUUGGAGGUGAAGCUGGAAAGUUUCAAGCAGCGAUUCCUGCACCUUCUCAAUGACCUCGCUUACAUCGAGGUGGGCGGCAGGCGGUUCCCCGGCCUGGAGGAGGGCAUCCAGGUGGUGGUGAUCGACGGCAGCCACGGGCGCGUGCUGAGCCAUGCCAGCUUCCGGAACGCUGUUCUGCAGGGCAUCCCCUGGCAGCUCUUCAACCACGUGGCGGCCAUCCCCGACAGCUCCAUCGUCCUCGUGGCGUCCAAGGGAAGGUACAUCUCCAGAGGCCCGUGGACGCGCGUGCUGGAGAAGCUCGGGGCGGACAAGGGGCUCAAGUUGAAAGACAAAAUGGUCUUCGUUGGCUUCAAAGGCAGCUUCCGGCCCACCUGGGUGACCCUGGCCACCGAGGACCACCAGGCCAAAAUCUUCCAGGUGGUGCCCAUCCCCGUGGUGAGGAAGAAGAGGCUGUGAGGAGCGUGACGGCGGACUCCUGGCAGCGGACCCGGGGGCGGGGGGCGAGGGGCUGGCUCCCCAGUCCCCGCCCAGCGGCUGCCGGGAAAGGCCAAGCAUCCAGCCAGGCUGAGGGAAGGACGCCGAAACCCCGGGGCCUCCGCCCACCCCACUCGUGUCUCCUGCAGCCCCGGGCAGCCCGGCCGAUGCGGACACCUCAUCUUCCCUGCAGCUCUUGGGUGCUUCUCUCCCAUCCGUGCCUCUCGGGGGAGGGAGGGUUAGGGACCAUGCUCGGAAGCCUCGGGGGCUGGCAGCAGGGAUGUGGGCUGGGGCGCUGGGUCCCUCCCAAGCCCCCAUGCUCCCAGCACACGCAUUAGGGGGGAGAUGUAGGCCAAGGAGCCCCGGUUUUAGGGGAACCUCUAUCCUGUAAGCAGCAGCCUCCACGGGGUUAGGAGUGGAGCCGGGCCAGCUGCGCUUGAAGAGGUGAGGCUGCCCCUGGGGGUCCACCUUUCAGGGGAAUCCAGGUCCCAGGUUGAGAUCAGACUGUGUGACUUUUAAAGUCAGAGAUUCCAGGCGUCCGUGGCUCUCCCUGUUGUGCCUGGAACCAGGCGCUGGUGAGAAGAGCCGUGAGGCUGAGGGGGGUGCCUAGGGGAGGGGCAGGCCAGGCAGUCAGGGACACAUGCCCUCAGGGGAACCAGAGUGUAAAAUCGGGACCAAAGCCAGUUCCGAGGAGGGAAAGAUCUUCCCUGCCUGGGUAAGCCGGGAAGACUUCCUGGAGGCGGCGGCAGCGGGCUUGCAGGAAUGACGGGCUGCGGCGACUCCACUGGUGCUACCCGUUCCACAGCCCAGCAGCCAACGCCGGGCCCCCGGGGCACCCUCUGCCAACCACCUGGGCUCCGGGCUGCUCUGGGGGGGGGGGCCCUGCGGCUCCUGCUGUCCUCUCCCUCCCCCGGCCCACCCGGGGGAAGGCUGAGAGCUCCGUGCAGAGGGGAAUGGCCUGUGGUUACAGCUUGUGCGGCCCCAGGGCACUUGGUCUCGCCGUGAACUGCCUGCCCCCCUCCUUCCCCAACCAGGACCUCUCCCCUCCGAGGGGGCCCGGCUGCACCCAGGAGGCCCCUAGCGGGUCGUGCCCGUCCCAAAGGCCCUCCUCCGGGCGGGGUGUCAGUGACCUCAUGUUCUUCUGUCUCUCGUUCUGUCAGUUCUUCCAACUCUUCGUGCAAGGGUCUCACACUGUGAACCACGUGGGUGGGCUGCGGUCGCCCCGGGCGGCCGGGAACGGCCCGACUUCGGUCCGGUCCAGUCCGGUCCGGAAAGAAUCUAUUUGAGGAUCCUCAGCUGUACGUACGUCCCGCGCCCGCGAGCCAGGCUUCCAAGGAGAACUACACGCAACGACACGCGUGUCCUCUUCCUGUGGCCGAAACAGCUGGCCUUUCGGGAAGGCGCCGGGUAGUGUGUUUUGUAUGUAAACAUUUCUUGUGUGCGUCA